CACCCACCGGGUGUUAGGUUCAUUCCAUCAUUUUAUUGCAAGCAAUGAGCAUUCCAAAUACCACUGAGUCUGGUUAGUAACAAUGAAGAGUUAAAAUAGGUUGAGCUUUUGCUCCUUAAUAUCAUCAUCAGAGAGCAAAUGAAAACUGACAUAGCAUCAGAUGCGAUCCAAAGAAUCGAGAUAAAUUCUACCCAUAAACCCAUUGCUGUACCGAGCUCGAAGGCUGUGGAUGUAAAACUUUCAAAAACAAUUGUUUGUGGAGAACUUGAUGGAACUUUCCAAGGAACACUGAAUGGUGUAGUGUUCCAGGGUCAAAUUCAAGGCUCUGGUGAGCCCUUGGAGGAAACUGAUGGCAUCCGAACCUGUAAAGACACGCUCUCUAAAUCCACGAAGAAUCUUGGCCUAUUGAAUAUGGCUCUGUCGUUACUUGAAGGCAAGCUGGAUUCCUCACUGCCAACGAACACAACUGCGUCGAUUUCAUACGUUAAACAAACGAAUGAGGAGAUAUUGAAAGAGCAACUCCUAGAGAAGGGCAAAGAGAUGAAAGCCAUAGUGAAAGAAAAAGACCUAAAGAUCAGACACAGAGAUAAAAAGAUCAAAGACCUGGAAGAAAAGAUCAAACAUGUGCAAAGUAUGAUGCAAAAUCAUCAACCAACCACUUGCGAGUCCUCAUCGUCAACAAAUCAACCAGCACAUGCAAAGAAAGUGCAUAUUAGGCCUUCAAAGACUCUUCCAAAUAUUGAAAGUGACGACGAAAAUGACUCAGAUGAUGUGAAUCCUCCAGGAAGUCCAGUAUCCACCCCCCUUUUAUCCUCCAAUGAGAUUGAUGAUGAUGAUGAUAAUGAAUCAGACCUUGAAGCCCAACCAAAUCCGGGAAGAACGUUCUUGAAUAUCAUAAAGGACAAGAUAUACAGGAACCUCUUGAAAAAAUUGAAAGUUGGGGCUCGUUUCCAGACUUUUGAUGAUGCUGAAAUGGCUUUAUUCAUCAAGUUCACAAUCUGCAACGGAAUAUUCUAUAAGAAUAAUAACCAUCGAAAUGGCAUCCAUAAGUCCAAAGCAAGAUUCACUGUGACCAAAUCAUAUUCUUGUUGCCAAUGCGAUGUGGUAAUAGCGAAUGUGCAAUAUUGCAACUCCCAUGGGCAAGUACAGAUUAGAAAGAUGAAUGUUGAUCAUGACUGUACUAUGGACGAUAUGAUCAAAAGACAGAAGAGGCUCAUUUUGUCCAAGAUCAAGCAGGGAGCAAAAAGAGGGUACAACACCUCCAGGUUAUCAGAUGGCGAAUUUGAAACAAUGCUGGCGAAAGAAUUCAAAGACGUUGAGAGUAAAUAUCAAUCUUUUGGUUCUGAUGUACAACUUCUCAAAAGAUACAGCAUGUUAACAAAUAAUGUGUUUCAUCAAAAGAUUGUUUCCCAUAUUUUACAUCUUGUUGGACUUCACAAGUCCCAUAUGUUUCUCGAGUCCACCAAUGAAAGCAAUCAACAUCUUGUUGCAAAAUUAGAAAAAGAUCUAGCACUCAGUACUAUUAUUGAAAUCCUUGGCUUCAACGGAGAUCGACGCAUCAUCGACACCAUUAACUCUUUGGUCGGUUUCCAGGCAAUUGAUCAAGACAGACUUAUUGAAUCACUGAAAAAAACCAUGUCCCGUACAAUUCGAACGACAACGAUUUAUCACGAUUCAUUCAGUGAUGUGGAUAUAGUGAGCACAGCAAUAGCACUCCAUAAAGUUGGAUGCAUCAUGGUCGGAUUCAAUGGAAACAAGAUGGCCUUUGAAAAUGGUUGGUUUGCUUCUAGUGGAGCUGAUAUGACAGAAUCACUUGAACGAAAUCAUGCAUUGCGUGAAAGUGUUAUUGACGAUGUGCAAAAUCAGGAAUGUGUCACCUUCGGUGAACGUGGAGUUCCAAUUCCGCUGCCUGAUGAUGAACCCUUUGAAGUUGAACCAAUCAAUUGUGACCAUGAACUUGAUGAUGAUUUAGAGGCUGAAAGCUCAUUGAAAAAAAUCAAUGACGAUGAUCUGAAAGCUGAACUAAUUGAUUCCAGAAUUGAAAUCCUGAACUCGAAGAAUGAGAUUGACACCAGUAUUCUCGACAGUGUUUAUGCUGUCGAGAAAGAUAAGAUGGUAUACUAUCUUUCUUCCUUGGAAGAAGAAAACUUCACAGUGCCUCCGGAGCUUACAUCAGCCAUGGACGAAUUUCUGGAGAAUAAGAAAGAUGAUGAAACCUCAGUUGACAUGGUGUACUUCCAGAAUAUUCUCUGUGAAGAACUCAAUUUAGAAAAGUC